AUGAUGCAGUCGCUUCAAGAGGUCCUGGCUGACCCUGAGGUGGUGUGGGACCUGACGCAGAAUCCAGCCUCUUUCAGGUUUCCAAGUAGUCCGGCAGUGGUGGCAGCGGCAGUACACUGGCCGCCACAUAUAACGGUGUCCCGAGGUACUGACGGUGUGCUUACAGUCUCGGGAGCCAUGGGAAACGUGAUGCAAGUGUUGUCUCGGACGCUUAACUUCACGUACAGCAUAAUAACACCCCAAGAUGGAUCUUGGGGAGCCGAACGUCCUAAUGGCACAUGGACAGGCAUGGUGGGCCAAGUAGUUCAAAAUGAGGCAGACAUAGCGCUGGGUCCAUUCGGCAUCAAGCUGAGUAGGAGCAGAGUGGUGGACUUCACUGAUUCAUUUUAUUUCGAUGACCGAGCCAUUCUGGCGAAGAAAGGUGAGCCAGAAAUUGACCCCUGGGGUUUCCUGUAUCCUCUGACGGACUCAGUGUGGGCGGCGCUGGCAGGCGUCCUGGCGGUGGUGUGGCUGAUGCUGGGGAUGGUGAGUCGCCGCCCCAAGGUUGUUACUCUCCUGGACUGGUCUAUAGAACUGCUACUGGAGAAUGUACGUGUCUUUCUUAAUCAAGAUGUAACGAAGUCACUGUUGGGCACAAUAAAAGCUCGUACUGUGUUAGGAUCGUGGAUGGUGGUGGCAGCCGUGGUGUACUGGAGCUACACAGGCACUCUCACCUCCCUGCUGGCGGUGCGGCACAUCCCUCUACCCAUCCAGACACUCAGGAACCUACUUGAUGAUCCCUCCGUGUCUGUCAUAAUGGAACCAAAUACUAUCGUCACUGACACCAUUUCAAAAAUGAAGACUGGUGAACUGAGGGAACUUCAUGAGCUUCAGUUCGUGGGUCGCGUUAAGUAUCAACAUGCCGCCACUUUCCCUGCCGCGCUGGACACAGUGGUCCGCCGUCAGCACCAUGCUAUCAUCUCCACCAGUCUCUCUGCUGAUCUGUUUAUGGCUGAUCUCUUCACUCUAACUGGGAAAUGUGACUUCUACAAGGCCAGACAGACCUUCUUCACUUCCACCCACUGCAUGAUUGGCCAGAAGGGCAGUCCUGUUGUGCCGGCCAUCACACACAGGAUCCGCUCUCUGAUCGAGUCUGGCGUGUACGGACACUGGCUACUGAGCGAGAUUCCCGCCAUCACCACCUGCCGCUCCUCGCCGCCUAUCACACUCGUGAGGGCGCCGCUGUCCCUCGCCAACCUGUGGGGCGCAGUGGUGGUGUUGGGCACGGGGCAUCUGGUGGCUUUGGUGGCCUUCUUGCUCGAGCUGUGCUGGGCCCGGACCUGUCACUGCAGACACUCUUCCAUGAUACCCGCCGAGAACACGCGUUAUCCAUAUUCGCAGGUUGCCAUAAAACAUGGCGGUGAGAAGUAUGAUGACAUGGCAGGAUGUCAAAUUACGUAAAGAUAUAUCAUGACACAAUUUAGAUCUUAAUUUCUUAGUACAAGCAGCCCUUGAAACUGAUCGUAACGCUGACUUAAGAUUUAGUUUUUCUUUUCUUAUUUAGGAGGGAUAUCCGGCCAAGGACAAAAAAAUAAAUUGAUUAACAAAAAAGGUCCACUGACAUACCGGUCCUUAAAGAAGUUAAAUGAAAAUAUAGUUGGAAGGGGACUCUAAGGAUGGUCUUAGAGAAUUUUUUUUUUUUUGGAAGUCUUAAAUUUUGCAUGAAAAAUGUAUGUGUUGAUAGAUGCAUGUAGUUUUGUGUGUGGCUGUCCCCUUGUGUUGUGAGACACAAAGGGAAACGCUCAGUGAGGUCACAGCUGGUUUAAUGAUAAAUGCAUAGCACCGCUGAAUCAGUGCUAUUAGACCUCACUGGGAGUAAUAAUCAUUUCGGCAGGUGUGUACUGCCUCCUCCUACUAAUGAAACAAUGAAACAGAUUACCUACUUACACUCUAAAUCACGUGAACGAAAGAUGCAAAUCAGACAGGAUAUAAAUAAUUUGUCUUUAUUCAUGGUAAACAUUUUAGAAUUAUAUAUUUUUUGUGGUAGAGAAUCCUUUAAUUCAUUAUACCAUAUUUUCCCGAAGAGGUGGAGGCUUUGGCGUGGGCGGGGCAAUGUCGAGGAGUGCAGUAGUCCAUUGGUUAGCUAGAAAGAGGCAGAGAACAAUUCCACUGGUCCACGACACACUGGUGAGGAAGGAAACACCUCUCAUUGGCUGGCUGCUGCUGUCAGUCAUGUACAUAAUCAAUAGCAACAUCUGACAACUUGUGAAAUUCUUGUGAGGUGACUUCUUCAUUGCUGGAGUAAGGAGAUAAUGAAGGACACAUGAUUACUUUAAUUCACUGAGCUUUCGUGACUUCCACCAUUAUAAGUUAUUUCAUAUUAAUGUUAUAUUGUAUGAAGUGACAAACUGUUGUCA